UUUUACAAAUUGAACUUUUGUGAAGAAUCAUGAACUGUCGUCGUAGUAAUAAAUUUUGUGCACAACCAAAAUUAUUUUCUCUGAUAAUCAUUGAGGCGGCGCCGCCACUACAGAUCGUAUCAAUGCUCACAUCCUUUAUUUUGCUUCGACCCUAUUUGUGUGUAAAAGAAGUGAAAUUUUUUUGUGGAAAUUCUAAACCAAUAAACAAAGAUUUUUAGAAAAAUCCAUGUAGUGAUUCAUAUGCAGCCAGCGGAGUCAACCAUUAUUACAUUAAAAUAAUAAGUGUGCAGCUGCUUUCUACUAAAAAUCCAACUUUCGCCGGAAAAAAUGGUAGUUUCAAGCAGCAUGGAUGCACAAUCCGAUCGGAAGAGCGAGUUGCAGGCCUUCGACGACACGAAAGCCGGCGUGAAAGGACUAGUCGACGCCGGGAUCACCAAGCUGCCCGCAAUCUUCCUCCAUCCACCGCAGAAUUUGAAGGAUAUCGGGACCACGACCGGAACUCACUUGGAUUUUCCGGUCAUAGAUCUCGAGAGCUUCGACAAGGAUCCGAGCCUACGCCGGAAAGUCGUGGACGGGAUUCGAGAAGCGGCGGAGACGUGGGGUUUCUUCCAAGUUGUGAAUCAUGGGAUUCCGGUAGCAGUUUUGGAUGAUAUGUUGGACGGAGUUCGUGGAUUCAUGGAGCAGGAUACGGAUAUCAAGAAGCAAUAUUACACUAGAGACUCAACUAACAAGUUUCGGUUUAAUAGUAAUUUCGAUCUGUUUAGUGCUCCGGCGACUAACUGGAGGGACUCUUUUUACUGUGUUGUUGCUCCUAAUCCUCCACAGCCUCAACAGCUGCCUCAAGUUUGCAGGGAAAUCAUGAUGGAAUACUCUAAGCAAGUGAUGGGAUUAGGGAGGAGUUUGUUUGAGUUGCUGUCUGAAGGUCUUGGACUCAGCACAAAUCAUCUCCUGGAUAUGGAAUGUGCACACUCACUUUUCAUGGUCUCCCAUUACUACCCCUCGUGCCCGGAGCCGGAGCUCACAUUGGGUGUGACUAGACACUCGGACAACAACUUUGCAACCGUGCUUCUGCAGGACAACCUCGGCGGGCUCCAAGUGUGGCAUCAGAACCAGUGGGUGGAUGUUCCUCCUCUCCGGGGAGCCUUAGUCGUCAACAUUGGAGAUCUUCUUCAACUGGUAACGAACGAUAAGUACAAAAGCGUGGAGCACAGGGUGCUGUCGAGCAAGGCCGGCCCGAGGAUAUCAGUUGCCAGCUUCUUUGGGAGGGAUUCGGGACCAAGCUCGAUCGUUCAUGCCCCGAUUAAGGAGCUGUUGUCAGAGACGAACCCUCCCAAGUACCGCCCCACCACAUCAGAAGAGUAUAGUGACUACUUCUGCAAGAAGGGCCUUGAUGGCACUUCUGCCUUGCUUCACUUCCAACUCAAAGGUGGAUUCUCUUCGGACAGCAGCUCCUUGAUCGGACCAUAAACCUUCGAGCCGUUGCUCUCCUCCACAUGCAUACGAAACACAAGUGCAACUGAAACCCGCGGACCUAUGCUCCUCGCCAGUGCCCUGUGGUACACACUUUUAAACGCACCGUUGCUGAUUAGCUGCAACACACAAGCACUAAUCGUUAAGGGCAUCCACAACAGAGUGCAUUGAAAAGCACUUACACUAUUCAUGUGCUUAUCUACUUACGUACCUCCAUGAGAUCACCGACGUUGACCAGAAGAGUUCCCGGGGAAGGCGGGACAUCAACCCAACGAUGCUUGUGGAGAAUCUGCAGUCCACCGAUAUCGUCCUGCAGUAGAAGAGUGAGGAAGCCGCUGUCUGUGUGGCUGCUGAACCCGAGUGUCAUGUCUGGCUCGGGACAGGCCGGAUAAUAAUUGCACGCCACAAACUGUGCCUCUGCACAAUCCAUGUCCAUCAGGUGAUUCCGGUCCAGCCCAAGAGCUUCAGACAGCAGCUCGAACAGAAGUAUUCCGACGUCCUUUGCUUGCUUUGAGUAUUCCAGCAUUGUAUCUCUGCCAUAGCCAACAUCAUCAUGCAUCAUGGAGUUAAGGGUGUUUCGAUGAAAAUGAUGUAUACAUCUCGAUCAGACAAAAAAGAAUCCGAAUAGAUCUGUAAAUUUCUCGAAAGAUGAAAUGAUGAACUGAAGCUACUAUAUGUAACACCAAACAAUUGAACACA